UACAGUCCAGAGCUCGGACGCUCACUUCUAUCAUUCCUCUCAUUCUCUCUGCUCUCUGUCCACCUCGCUCGUCCCAUCUCCUCUCCUGUGGACAGACGCGGGGACGCUUGUCUUCAUCACUCGUCCUCCAGUUGUGGGACAGUUGACAGUUGACAAACUACUGUGUGUGUGUGUGUGUUGUGAUCAGCUGACUGAUUUGAGCUGACAUCCCACUCAUGAAUUCUUUCCGACGUUACCACGGUGACCGACGACCUUGGUGGCAGCGGCGGUUUCCACAUCAUGUUUUGAGACUUUAGAGGGCAUCUUACUUGGCUACGUAAACGAAAAAAAAGGAAAAAACUUUGUUGCCAUAGUGACCAGGAUGCAGGUGUCCAUUGCGUGUAACAUGGGAGGCGGCGGCGCGGUGAGCGAGCACCCGCUGAAGGAGCGACGGGCGGCGGUGGCGGCGAACACCAACAGCGCCCUCGUGUGUCAGUCAAAGGUCAGGUCCGAGUCAUCGGGCAGACACACCCUGCUAGGCCACGCCCACAUGAAGGAGGCCCUUGGGCGUCAUGGCAACAUGAAGUACAGGAAUCUUGGGAAAUCUGGACUGAGAGUGUCCUGUUUGGGCCUGGGAACAUGGGUGACGUUUGGCUCUCAGAUCUCUGAUGAGAUGGCGGAGAGUGUCAUGACGACGGCUUACGACAGUGGCGUGAACCUGUUUGACACAGCAGAGGUGUACGCCUCAGGCAGGGCGGAGACUACUCUGGGGAACAUCCUGAAGAAGAAAGGAUGGAGGAGGUCCAGUUAUGUGGUGACCACUAAGAUCUACUGGGGAGGACAGGCAGAGACAGAGCGAGGGUUGUCACGGAAACACAUCAUAGAAGGUCUGCGCGGCUCCCUCUCCAGGUUACAGUUGGACUACGUCGACAUUGUCUUUGCCAACAGGAGUGACAUCAAUGCACCGAUGGAGGAGGUGGUCCGGGCCAUGACGUUUGUGAUUGAUCAGGGUUUGGCGAUGUAUUGGGGAACAUCACGCUGGAGCGCAGUGGAGAUCAUGGAGGCCUACUCUGUAGCCAGACAGUUUAACCUGGUUCCUCCAGUGUGUGAACAGGCCGAGUAUCAUUAUUUCCAGAGAGAGAAGGUGGAGCUUCAACUGCCAGAGCUCUACCACAAGAUAGGUGUCGGAGCAAUGACCUGGUCUCCGUUAGCUUGUGGUCUGCUUACAGGAAAGUACAAUGAGGGCAUCCCUGAGAGCUCCAGGGCUGCCAUGAAGGGCCAUGCGUGGCUGAAGGAGCGACUCUGCAGUGAUGAGGGGAAAAAGCAGCUCAGUAAAAUCAAAGAGCUCCACCUGCUGGCGGAGAAGCUGAACUGCACACCUGCUCAACUCGCAAUAGCAUGGUGUCUCCGCAGUGAGGGCGUCAGCACGGUUCUCCUCGGAGUCUCCAACACAGAACAGCUGCUGGAAGACCUCGGUUCUCUUGGGGUCCUGACUCAGCUGACCCCGCCCCUCAUCACAGAGAUGGACGCGUUGCUCGGCAACAAGCCACGAAACGCCAAGAAGGAGGGGCGUACCUGAGUUGACGGCCCCGACCCACAAAGAUGAGACAAGGAUGGCCGCCUUGUCGUCAUGGAGACGGGAGCAUGUUGACGUCCGUCCACAGAUAGUAUUUGGUUGGGGGGUGGGGGGGCCACAAAAUCCACCGGGAAGCAUUGGCACAACAAUACAGAAAUGCAUGACGACGCAAAUAUGAUAAUCAAUAACUUUAUCUAAAGUGAAAUGAAUGAAAGGAAUGAUACGAUAAUGUCACGAUAUCGCAAAUAUCAAUUUUUAUGCUUAUCCACAAAAAGUUUAACGUUUAUUAGUGACAAAAAAAACUUGGUGUCUCAAACAUCAUAUUCCACCGUUAACAGGGAAGAACUUUUUGUGAACUGUUUGUUUGUUUUUUGAAAUAAUAACAACCUCAUACUGGAGUCCGCCUUCAAGCAACACUGUGACAGCAAGAGUUGUCGCCACGGUAGCACGCAUCACCACGGCAACCU